AUGGCACGGUAUUCUCAGUACGAUUUCUACCAACAACCAUCAAGAUUGGACGUGAAUCCUGCCGAAGAGGAAGAAAUGAGUGUGCUGGAUGAAAAAAUCCUCGACACACACUCCCCUCUCUCCGAUCCCCGAUCAUAUGAUACAGACACCUUUUCGCAUCGAAAUUCCGUCUGGUCCAACUAUUCCCACAGUUCCGAUCAGUCUCGUCCAGCCUCGCAUCUCGGUCAGUCGAUUCUGGAUUCAACUGCUACUUAUAUGCCCAUGGACGGCCCCCAGACCUUCGCCCAUCCGCACUGGUCUCUUUCCCGCACCGCCUCCGGCUCAUGUACGCCGACCGCUUAUGAUCAGUACCAAGAACCCGAGGGCAACUCGGCGCAAUUUGCGGGCGGGGCCGUUGGUCCCGUAGGAGCCAUCCCGAUGGGUGCGGUUUAUCGUAGUUUCGCGCCAGCAGGUGGUGUUGCCAUGUCCCCGCAGUCAAGUCAAGGCUGGGUGCCGGCUCCCAUGGAUCUCGCCGAUGUCACUGCACAGGCUAAGGCGUCCGCUUAUCGUAAUGGGUCACCGCUGACUAUGCGUCGUGACGGUAUUCGAAAGAAGAACGCCCGUUUUGAUAUCCCUGCUGAGCGGACCUUGAGUAACAUUGAUCAUUUGAUCAGCCAGUCCAACAAUGACGAUGAGAUCAAGGAGUUGAAGCAGCAAAAGCGGCUCCUCCGUAACCGUCAAGCAGCGUUGGACUCUCGUCAGCGCAAAAAGCUUCAUACCGAAAAAUUGGAAGAGGAAAAGAAGCAUUUUACCCAUGCUAUCACACAGUUGGAGGAAAUGGUGUCGAGUCUGCGGAAAAGAGAGACUGAGCUUUUGCAUGAGAAGGCCGAGUGGAUGUCUCAGCAGCAGCAGAUCACCCAAUAUCUGGAAGGUUUGCACAUGGAAAAGGACGAAAUGAUUCGUGUGCACACGCUAGAGACAGCCGAGCUGCGCAAGAAAAAUACCAUUCUGAGGGAGGCAGUGGAAAAACUUGAGCGUGGGGCCAAGCCAAGCAUGCCUGAGAACCAUGGUGAGUUCUCUGGCUUCGAUCACAUGUCCAUGGAGGGUCAUCCAUGGGAGGAAUUCUCCAUGACGGGUGGCCUUCCAAUGCCCAACCAGGUUCCCUCGGCUCCUGCUCAACACGCACAACCGCUCCCCCAAGGUAAGCCAAAUUCGGAGUACCCAUUCAGCUGGAAUGCCUUCUAUAUGUGUCUACUCUUUGGUGCCUUCAUUGCGUCAAACAACACCUCCUUGGCUGGCCAUUACCUCCCACAAAUGUCAGAGGAAUACCGUGCCGAGUCUUCCAACGUGCUGAAAGCAGUGCUAGCGUCCUCACCACCGGGGAUGGCCCACUCUACUCAUGCCAUGAUAUCGGCCUCUGCAACAGGUCCAGGUCCCACUGCCAUGUCCGGCAUGGACAUGGCUCAGAUGGGCCCUGCGCCGACGGAGUCCUCAGCUUUGGACCAACUUCAUGACACAUUGGUCAUGCCCACUGAGGAGCAGGAGCGUGCACAGGUCUUCGCUAUGAACCCGGACCAGUAUAAUUCAUUGACCACGUUCGAGGACGGCGGCGCCGGGUUCAAGCCGCAGCAACCGUCAAACUUGCAACAGGCCCUGGCAGCCAUGCGUAGUAGCCAAAAUCGGAUGCACGAGGACUCUUCGGGCGUCCACAGCAGAUCGCUUAUGUGGGAGCGAGUUCCCGAAAAAGUCAUCCGGGACUUCCAGCGCAUGGUCCAGGAAUUUGGUGCCAAUCCCGUCAAGCAGGAGAUGGUGGGCUUCCAGCAUGCCUAA